CUCUCUUUCGAAGCAGACUCUCGUCAGCUUUUUACUUUAGUUUUUAUUUACACAACAUUUCGAUUCGAAUCGUUCGUGGAAAAUUCUCAAUUUGUUUUAUACGUAUAUCCUCUGUCAUGGCUGAGUAUCCCGUCUGCUUGUCCCAAUCCGCCAGAGAGCUGGCCCAGCUCACGGUGGAGGAGGUGCAGACCGCCGCCAAGGAGGUGGUCAAACGAAAAAAGGCGGCCAAGGCAGCCGAUCAUAACCCACCGGGCGGAGACAUGAGGAAAAAGAUGUGGCGCCAGCACCGGUUGCGCGUCAAGGACGCCGUCAGCAUGGUGGACGCCGAGCCACCUGGCUUCCAGGCGGCCCGCAUCACCGGAGUUAAUAAUUUGCGCGUUGAGGCGGUGGUCUUCAUGCAGCGCACCCGGGCCAAUAUCCAGCUGCUGGUUGAGAUCUCGCGGACGAUGCGUACCCAUGGUGCAAUCAAUCCAUUCCGGUAUGACGCGGUGCCCGGAGCCUCGGGCGUACCGGGGACCCUGCUAAGGAUGGAGCAGCUGGAGCGGGACAACCGCGAAUUUGGGCGUCGCAUCAUGGAGGUAACUAGCGAAGUAGACUCGGGACUGUCCUACAAGCAAACGCUGGAGAGCCGGAAGAUGAAACCGCCGCCACCGCUGGAGCUGCCCGCCCAGGCGAUGGCCAAGUAUGCGGCCUUUGACAUCCCGUUGCCUAAGUCUGACGUGGAGUUGCGUCGCCUGUUCAGGCCGAAGAUAUACUUUGACAUUUACCUAAAGGACGCCCGGCCGCUGGGUAGGCUGGUCAUCCAGCUGUACACGGAGGCAGCGCCGCUGGUCGUCCUGCAGCUGGUGAAGUCCUGCAUGUGCAAUCAGCACUCCAAGUUCAUGGUGACGCGACUCUUUCCCAAUCUAUGGGUGGAAACGCAUCUUCCGCUUCCCCCGGACUCACUGCUGCACCAGCCGUUGGAGUACGAUGCCAAGGUGAUUGACCAUGGAGCCUCCAGCUAUGUGCUGUCCUUCAGCAAGGACGACAUCAAAGGAUUCUCGCAGCACCUCUCGUUCGCAAUCUCCUUCAAACCGCUGGCAGUGGUCAAUGGAUUGCGGGUGGGCUUCGGGCGGAUUUUAAAGGGCGGCAAGAUCUGUGACUGCAUCCAGAGCUAUGGAACCAAGAACGGGAAGCUAAGUCGGGGGCUUAUCUUUACUGAAUGCGGGUUGCUUUAGGCUCCCAGCGGAAUCAGUUGAUUUUAAAUUUUGUGUGCAAAAUCUGCCCUAGUUUUAUUUUAGUGUCAUAAAUCAAACUUUGUCUCUGCCAACGCAAAAAAUAUUA